AUGAACGUGGCAGUGGAAGGCUUGAGCAUCACUGUCGCCGGUGGCAGGAAGCUGUUGGAUGAAGUAAACUGCGUGGUUCAGGCAGGAGAUAUGGUGGCUUUGAUGGGUCCUUCUGGCGCUGGCAAAACCACGCUGCUGAACAGCAUCGUGGGGAGAACCAUCACAGGACUCACUGAAGGAGGCAUCUACUACGAUGGGGCCACAUUGUCCAAAGUCAGGAGCAGCGUGGGAUACGUCACUCAGGACGAUAUCAUGUACGAGACCCUGACACCGCGGGAGAACUUGACCUUUGCUGCCGCCUUCAUCUUGCCAAAGCUCUCCAAAGAAAGCCGCCAGAAGGAGGUGGAGAGCGUGAUCGAGAAGCUCAACCUGAAGAAGUGCGCAGACACCGUCGUGGGUUCUCCCGGCCUCGUGCGCGGAAUCUCCGGAGGAGAAAGGAAGCGCACGAACGUGGCCCUGUCCCUGUUGGGAAGCCCUUCUCUACUGUUGCUGGAUGAGCCUACCAGCGGCCUGGACUCCAAGAUGUCGGACUCCCUCAUGAGAGACGUAAAGCAG